AUGGGUCGGACACGAAUAGCCAUGACGGCGGUGGCAGGGGUGAAGGUGGCUCUCGUUCUCGCUGCCCUCUCCAGGCUCGUUGUCAUGCCGCUCAUGACUCGCCUCCUCUACGCUCCCAGCCACACGGAAAAUGUCCUUCCAUUUGAGCGCAGGGGUGAGUCGCUGCACGCUCGGCAGUGGAAGGUGGUGGCAGAGAGAGCGACCAGUGACCUGGUUGAUGCAGUGGCAGGUGCUGUGCUGGCAGCAGUGAACGAGGAGGCAACUGACGGCAAGGGGGUGAAAGGGUUGCAGCAAGCAGUGCAUGUUUUGCAAGAGAAGUACCCUGCGAUUGUUGCACAGGUGGAGGAGCAGAAGAGAGAAUUGGCGGCAGUGAAAGAGGAGCUGGAGGUGGUGAAGCAGUGGCGAAGGGCAGUGAUCGAUGGGAAAUUGAAGCUGGAUGUUAAAGAGGAAGUGAGGGAGAGCAAGGGGGAUCAGCAACAGAUCUGGAAGGUGAGUGUGGAGUUUUAG